AUGCGGGUAACCCGGCAGGGAGUGCAGGCAGCGGUGUUUGUGGCCGCCUAUGCAGUGGUGCUGGUCCUCGGCCUGGUGGCCAUGUACGCCGGCUGGCUCACGCCGUACUUCACCUGGUUGGCCUCACUGGGCAUGGCGGGCAACGCCUUGGUUGCCCUCUCCUUCAUCCCGGCAUCGCUGCCUUUUCUCGCCGGAUACACUCCGCUCACUCUCGCAUCGGGCUAUCUCUACGGUGUCAUCGGCGGCGCGCUCACCUCGGAGAUCGGUGCUGUCCUCGGCGCCAUGGUCGCCUUUGCCGCCACGCGCCGCUUUGCCCGACGGAAGUUGGCGGCAAAGCUGGGCACCUCGCCGCAGUUUCGGGCUUUUAUUGCUGCUGUCGAUGCCCAGGGCUUUGUCGUCAUCGCUCUCCUCCGAUGCGCGCCCGUGCCCUUUGGUCUCCAGAACGGCGCCUUUGCCCUCUCCAACGUCACCUUUGCUCGCUACACCGCCGCCACCAUCGUCGGCCUCGUCCCCGAGCAGCUGAUGUUUGCCUACUUUGGCUCCACCCUCAAGUCGCUCGCCGACGUUGCCGCCGGCCACGAUGCGCUCACUCCGGCUCAGAGCUACGCGCUGUAUGCCCAGCUCGCCUUUGCCAUCGUCAUCUUUGUUGUCGUCGCCCGCAUCGGCCGAAGGGCCCUGCGCUAUGCUCACGUCGACAAGAUUGAGGACAUCCAGCUCGAGUUUUCAGACGCAGAGCUCGGCGCUGCCUCCUCCGGCCCGCGCAUGCCAUCGUCCGCCGUCCGCCGCCACCGCCCCGAGGACGAGGAGCCGCUGCUGGCCCCGAGUCUGCACAAUCAUCACGCCCCCACCGCCGCCGCCGCCUCCGCCGUUGAUCACGACGAGCUCUCCAACCCGCUGCUCGUCUCGCCCGCUACCGCCGCUCCAGGCCAGGACAGCAAGAACGAGCGCGCUGCUGGCUCAAAAGCCCGGCGCUCACGGCGCGGGCGCUCGUCCACCCCCAUCGCUGCCGCUGCUGCCGCUGCCGCCUCCACUGUCUCGUCACUGCUCUCGAAGAAGGGCAACAUCGAUUGA